AUGCUUAUUGCAAGCUCACUAGACAAGGACGCAUGGAAAGAAGUGGUCAACGAAUUUAUCCGCUCCGAGCUCGGUGUGAGAACUGACCAGAAGAAGCCCGCGCCGUUUGGUGGUGAUCCGUCGGUUGCCAAUGGACGCGAGUCGUUGCGUGUUGCAUACAGUUUAUUUGCGGGACACGGGCCUGCUGCCAUCCAAGAGUUACUACCUCCAAAGAACCUGGCGCGCACUGACGCGAACUCACUGAUGGCCCCCAUGAUCCCCAUGGCGCAUGCUACUCCGAUUUCGCCCAACUUCCCACAACCCGUGUUAACAUCCAGUGUGCCAACACCCGCCUUACUUCAAUGGAACGAAAUUGCCGCAACUAUCAUCUCUAACCAAGCUGAUCCACAGGCCUUGACCGCUCUGGGAGACUACCUGGUAUCGAACAAAUGGGUCGAGGCUGCACAUGUUUGCUAUUUGCUUUCACCUACUACCUCGGCAUUAGGUGGGCUUUCUACUCCCUCGGUACGCGUGAUAUUGCUUGGCUCUGAGAGCCCCAGCACAUCGCGCAACUUUGAGAAAGACGACGACGCGAUCAUCUUUACCGAAAUUGCCGAAUACGCGUAUUCGCUCGUUCCAACGGUCAAGGGCCAGGAAGCAUAUGCAGGUUUGCCCCACUUGCAAGCAUACAAGCUUCUUCGCGCGGCAAAACUCGCUGAAAUGGGGCAUGUAGCUCUGGCGUCAAGGUACUGCGAAGCUAUCGUUACUUCGACUCGCAUCUUCAACCGCCCUUCGCCAUUCUUUACCCCUGCCUUCCUUGAACAGUGCAAGGAAUUAUCCGAUCAUCUCUCUGGUGUACCUCAGCUCGACAGCAGCGGCUCUUGGAUCGGAAAAAAGGUCGCCAAACCAAGCCUCGACUCUAUUGGCAAUUGGCUUUCAGGCGGGCUCACCAAACUCAUUGCUGGCGAUGGAGAAGAAUUUAGUACAACGACCGAACCUGGCCCUAAAACUGAAAGUGGAGCAUUUUCACACUACAGCUCGAUCUCCUCGGCGAACACGAGCCAAACACCCUCUCCUAACGCUUCAGUUGUCGCUUUGCCAUCACAAGCCAGUGUGCCUCCUCCAAGGCGGGCAGGUUCUGCUAUGGCGCAACGGCCAGGAUCCGCUGCGGCUCAACGUAAUGGCGCACCAGCCCAUCCAGACCGCUCCGCCUCAGCGAUGGAUUACUUGCGCCCACCCGCAAAUAAGGGGACUCCUGCUGGUACCGAGCAACAAGAUGCGAAUAAACGGGAGAAGGGCACCACCGCUGGUACUACAUAUCACCCUGUGAGCGAUGACCCAGCCACUACCGAAGGCGAGGGAGAGGGCGGCUUCAUUUCAUUGAUGGACACUUUCUCGCCCAUGCCAUCUCCUGCGCCUGGAGGUUCAUCCUUUACAUCGACUCCCCAGCGAGUUGAGGAAGAAGACGAAACGGAGGAUCUUGGUCUCGGCAACUCUAAGAAGGCGGCCGAAAAAACAAUUCCUCAGGCUGAUGAUGGCAAACAAAACAAGGAGCCAGAGGCUAAACCAGAGCCGAAAGAGGAGGCCAAACCAGAAGCGCCCAAACCACCAGAAAUUAAACCAUCGUCGUCUUGGCUCGGACGCUGGUGGACUCGAAAGGAAACCGACUCUCCUGGACCUGUUAAGGCUCAUCUAGGAGAUCAGGUGUCAUUGGUGUAUGACAAGGAACUCAAACGAUGGGUUAAUCCUAAUGCACCCAAACCCGAGCCGACAGCAACUCCGCCCCCGCCACCUUCAAGGGCACCAUCCCGAGCUCAGGCAGGGUCGCCCGGCCCUGGACCAUCUCCAUUGGGACGAACCAGUGACCUGACCUCUGCUCCACCCAGUCGAUCACAGUCGUCCACCAGCUUAGCCCCUCCAAACACAUCUGGUCCACGACGUGUCCGUUCCAUGCUGAACGAGUCAUUCGGCCCUGGUGGUGACAUUUCUAGUUCAGAAACCAAUUCGCCAACGAGCACCCCUCCGGCAAGCUUACGCGGCCCACCAAGUAGAGGGUCAACGCCAGGCGGAAAACGCAAUGUCCGAAGCCGAUAUGUGGAUGUGUUUGCUCAGCCACCUUCGACAUGA